AUGGUCAUUUCAGAACCGAAUGAACUCCCGUGGGUGUUGUGCGGGGUUUAUGCUAGUACCGAUUAUAGGGUAAGGAGAACUCUUUGGGGAGAACUGACUAGUCUGCUGACCCAGGGAGUACCAACAAUGGUAGUAGGGGACUUUAACUGCAUCUUAAGCUCAGAGGAGAAGAGAGGAGGGAGACAAUACUCUGAUUCGGUGGAUAGAAGGGAGUUUCAUGAGUUUGUGGGGAGGAAUGGAUUGGUGGACCUCGGCUUUUCUGGACCUCGUUUCACCUGGUGCAAUAAUCAAUCUGGGCAGGCUAGAGUGUGGGAGCGGAUCGACAGGGCCAUUGCAUCCCCAGACUGGAUCCAGCGUUUUCCUGCCUACCAGGUUAGUCAUCUAGCUCGGAUUGCUUCUGACCACUGCCCUCUCUUGAUAUCGACAGAGGCAAGAUCGGUGCAUCAUAGCCCCUUCCGCUUUGAGAAGUUGUGGUUGUCAUAUCCCCAGUCAUGGGAUGUAGUCAGGGAGGCGUGGAGUGUGCCAGUACGAGGGGAUGCCAUGCAGAGGGUGUCACGCAGGUUGGAGCUCACCAAACGCCGUCUUCGGCGUUGGAACCGGGAGACUGUCGGCAAUAUCUUUAGGAGGUUGGAGGAGGUGGAGGCAGUGAUUUUGGACGCCCAGGGGAGGGAGGAUCGAGGAGAGGACCUUACGGAGGCCGAUAUGGUGGAUCUGCGGCGAUCAUUAGCUUCCCACCAUUCCUUGUUGCGCCAGCAGGAGAUCUUUUGGAGACAGAAGUCCAGAAUUCAGUGGGUUAAGGAUGGUGACCGGAAUACUUAUUUUUUUACCGAUCGACAGUUAUUAGAAGGCAAAGAAAUAUGA